AUGAAGGACCCCGUCCCAAGAACUGCCUCUCCCUAUAUCGAUCCAUCAGUCAAAGGGCCCAAAUCACAACAACUCUCAGCCUCCCUCGCCCAUUCUCUCCUCCAAGACCGCAAGAUGAUUGCUAACAACAAAGUCAACAAGACGGCCCUGCACCCUGGCGGCAUUGAGCCUCAGCAGGAGCCCGAACACACAGAACUCGAGAUCGAGCUUCACGACAAGGCACACAUUGACUAUGACAGAGUCGCCAUCGUCCCCAAUCCGUCCGUCGCUGCCAUGUACGAAGAUGCUCUUGUAUACGAAGUUGGCUCAGCCAUUUCAGCCAGCGGUGCGUUGACAGCAUACUCGGGAGCCAAGACGGGUCGAUCACCGUCGGACAAGAGAAUUGUCAAGGAGCCAUCCUCAGAGAACGACAUCUGGUGGGGACCCGUCAAUAAGCCCAUGACCCCGGAGGUCUGGAAAAUCAACCGAGAGCGUGCAAUUGACUACUUGAACACCCGGACGAGAAUUUAUGUUAUCGAUGGCUACGCUGGAUGGGACCCCAAGUAUCGCAUCAAGGUACGAGUUAUCUGCGCCCGAGCCUACCAUGCGCUCUUCAUGCGCAACAUGCUCAUUCGCCCUGCUCGCGAAGAGCUCGAGCACUUUCACCCGGAUUACACAAUCUACAACGCCGGCUCUUUCCCUGCCAACAGAUAUACUGAGGGCAUGACCUCUGGCACUUCGGUUGCCAUCAACUUCGCUGACAAGGAGAUGGUCAUCCUCGGUACCGAGUACGCCGGUGAGAUGAAGAAGGGUGUGUUUACCGUUCUGUUCUACGAGAUGCCUAUUAAGCAUCACGUCUUGACACUGCACUCUUCUGCAAAUGAGGGUAAGAACGGCGAUGUCACUCUUUUCUUUGGUCUCUCCGGAACUGGCAAGACUACUUUAUCUGCCGACCCUAACCGAUCCUUGAUUGGCGACGAUGAGCACUGCUGGAGUGAUCGCGGCGUCUUCAAUAUCGAGGGUGGCUGCUACGCCAAGUGCAUUGGUCUGUCGGCUGAGAAGGAGCCGGAUAUCCACGGUGCUAUCCGCUUCGGCUCUAUCCUAGAGAACGUCGUGUUUAACGGAGAAACACGUGAAGUUGAUUAUGACGAUGCGACGCUCACCGAGAACACUCGAUGCGCAUACCCCAUCGAGUACAUCAGUAAUGCGAAGAUCCCUUGCAUGUCUGAAAGCCACCCGACCAACAUCAUUCUGUUGACGUGUGAUGCUCGCGGCGUGCUGCCACCCAUUUCGAAAUUGAGCAGUGCUCAGACCAUGUUCCACUUCAUCUCUGGCUACACUUCCAAGAUGGCGGGCACUGAGGACGGUGUGACGGAGCCACAAGCUACUUUCUCGUCGUGCUUCGCUCAACCCUUCUUGGCCCUCCACCCCAUGCGCUACGCCAAGAUGUUGGCAGAGAAGAUUGAGCAACACUCGGCCAAUGCAUGGCUGCUCAACACCGGUUGGGUCGGUGCUGGUUACACCCACGGUGGCAAGCGUUGCCCGCUUAAAUAUACACGUGCCAUCCUCGAUGCUAUCCACUCGGGAGAGCUCGCCAAGGUCCAGUACGAGAACUACGAGGUGUUCAACUUGCAGGUCCCCACGACCUGUCCUGGCGUCCCGUCUGAGCUGCUGAACCCUGCUACGGCCUGGACUGCUGGGGCUGACAGUUUCAACGAAGAGGUCAAGAAGCUCGGCGCUCUGUUCACUGAGAACUUCAAGCGAUACGACUCGGAAGCUACCGAUGAGGUAAAGGCAGCGGGGCCUGUUGUUUAG